GAGUGCAACUGGUCCUGUUCGUGAGGAACUCUGAAGCCAUGAGAGAAAGGGUUUCCAUCUCAACGAAAUAUUCAUCUGCUCGCUGCUGCCGGAGGCCGUGGUGCCGAUGGCCGACAGGCUGAGGAAGGAGCUCGUCUUCCAGCCGCUGCUGCGCAAAUCCGCGCAGGCUGAGCUGCGCCGCCUCAGGAAAAAGUACUUCCCCAACUUCGACGGCGAGGAGGAGCUGGUGCCUGCGCUUGCGCGCGCGCGAGCGGGACCGCGUUGGGCGCGGGUGGGCGCGGCAGUGGCGGGCAACGGGAACCCGCUGCGGCGCCGAGCCGAGCCUGCGCGCUCCGCCGCCAUGCACCACACCGUCUUCGCGUUUACGGGCCACCUUCGGGUGUCGCGCGCUGGUGGCGGGCGGGCGCGGCAUUCGUGUACCAGCUGGCGCGCGACCCCUGCACCCGACGCUGCUCACCCGUCCGAGCAGUUCGCGCGCCACUAUGCCGCUGGGGUGGCGCUGCGUGACACCCAGUACGGGCGGCUGGCCUGUACAGGCGCCCGAGGUUUUACAACAGAUCCAUCACGUUACAUUCGGCAGACGUUCUCAGACAUCGACAUCGUCAACAUUGCACGAGCGGUUGCAGUAUCGCAACAUUGCAACACUGCGUUGCAGAUCAGGGACAACAACACUGAGAACAACGCCUUGGGCUCUGGAAUGGCUGAGUCAAUGGCGUUUGUGAAACGCGCCUAAUAACAAGAAAGAUUCUGGUUUCCCUAGCCUUGGCGCCGAUCUUCCUCUCGUAUGGAGGAAUUUAAAGGGUCGGUGGGUCUCCCGGCAGAGUUUGAGAGUGUCUAGAACAAGUUUGUGAAAUAUUUUUUGGAUAUAGUGACGUUUGUAAAUCUGAACCGGAAGGUUUUUAUUGUUAAGGGGAAGUUGUUUGUUCUUUAUAAAAUAUAGAAUUUUCUUAUAAUUAAAGCCUGAAGCGUUUUUAAGGGGAGAGGGUACCAUGUCCACCACCCACCAAAAAUUUGCUGCUAUUGAUGUACUUU